GAUGAUUUGACAACUGACAAGUAAAAGUGUCAAUACAAAUAAUUUUAUUGUUUGGUUAGACUUUAUAAGUCAUUUGGAAUGCUAAUAAAAAAAGGAUUCUUAAUCUCGGCAAUAUAUUUAAGUUUUAUUCGAAGAUUUUCCGUAUUAGCUACGAAAGAAAUGUCUGGAGAAUUAUCUUCUUCCAACAAAACAUUCUCGUAUACAAGCGGUGAACAUUCCGUUGCUUACGUUACAGCUCCAAACGAGGAAGUAGCCAAAAAAUUAGCUAACGGUAUAGUCAAAAAUAAACUAGCCGCUUGCGUUAAUAUUAUACCGAAAAUAAUUUCCAUAUACGAAUGGGAAGACAAGAUCAACGAAGAACCUGAAGUUUUGAUGAUGAUUAAAACUAGAACUUCGAAAAUCGGGAAUUUAACUGAAUACGUUAAAACCAAUCAUCCUUAUACAGUUUGUGAGGUUAUUUCUUUACCUAUCCAAAACGGAAACCAGGACUACUUGAAGUGGAUAAAUGAUGUAGUUCCUAGUGUUUAAAAUGUUAUUAAUUUUUUUGUGAUCUGAAUUUAUCAAUAAAAUGAAUUUUCUUUAUUAUUUCAUAUUUUAAGUGACAUUGUGAGUGGUAUUUAUACAGGAAAACUUUUUGUGAGUAUUAAAAUGUUAAUUUAUUUAUCUAACGAGUUUAAUGCAUGAAAAGUUUGCUUCUCUACCUAAAGUAUUAAUGCAAUAAUCAUUAAAAUGAAAUUUGUUGAUUUAUUUCUCAAGAAAAUGACGAUUUCAUGUAAAAAAUGAAGCUAGUUCAGUAUCGUUAUUUUUACAUUGAAGAAUAUUGUAAUUUGUGGUUUUGUAGGAUUUAUUAAUUAAUUUAUAUAUUAAGAAUUAAAAUUGUCGAAAACUUAAUUUUCUGUUGUUAAAGGUAAAUAUAACCUCAUUUUAUUAUAAUCUUUUUAAUUUCGAGCUUGGCAAUGUUGUUGUAGAAUGACAUAUGACAGUUUUUAUAAUGAAAUUAUUUGAAACAUUUUUAUUUUAUGAUCAAAUUAUACUAUAUAAAAAAAGAGAAUUAGUGUUAAAAUUUUCAAUUUUCGUUUUCAUAAAUUAAACUUGAUUUAAUAUUUUAUGUAUUUCUUUAAAAAAAUGAUUUAAUUCUAAAUUUACUAGAUACUUACCGCCAUCUUGUGUUUCUACCCGUGACGUUGGAACUACGUCAUCAAAUAACCUCUAUUAAAAUGUCAUUAUAUGCGCGUGAACCCGGUUUUAAUCCCAAAGGAACGGUUCGUGUAGGUGUGGUUUUAAAUGAAAAUAGUUUUCAUAAAAUACAAAAUUUAUUAUUACAAAAUAUAUUCGUUAUUUUUUUAAUCAAAGAACUGCAGUAACAAUAAAUUUGCACCGGGGAGUUUUUGACGCAAUAGGAAGUCGGCGCGUAACGAUCUAACCUAUUUAUUUCGUUAAGCGACAUUUCAAAAUCAGAUCCAAAAAAAUUAACUUUAAUAGUAGCCUCGAAAUGAGCUUCUGGUCUCGUUACAAUACUGAUUAAAUAAUUUAUUUCGACGUCCUGUUCCAAAAUCAACUCUUUGACGUUCGAUAUUUUUUCUAACCUAUAAAUAGCGCAUUUGUUCGAUAGAUAACCAUAAGAUUGGAUUAAUUUAUUAAGUUGGUCGAUGAAAAAAUUCGCUAAUACUUCGACGAUAGGUAGGGAUUUGUCGAUUUUUACGUAAUUCGAACAGCUGCAAUAAUGUUCAGGAAUUCCGGCGUCCUUACAAGUCCUUUCCGGAGAUACUGGUUUAAAUAGAGAUUGGCAUUUGGGACAACCUUCGGGUUGGCUAAUUACGUAAUUGGGAUUGUUUUGAGAUAGGACGUCCUGUAGACUCAUAUAAACGUCGUAAGGCGACGUUAAUUUAUCAGUGUUGCUUAAAAGAUUUUGAUAUUUUUCGGGAUAUAAUUUACUGAAACAAUAAUUCAUAUCAAAAAAAUUUGGCAACGUUGUAACUACGGAAAAUAGAAAAAUGUGACGUACAGGAAACCGCCAUGAUGGUUGGAAGCGCAUUGCGUCACCGUUCAUGAAACGUCGGAUCGCACAUGCUUUCAUAUCAAGGCGACGUUGCCAGAUAUACUGAUAAUUCAGUAAAUCUUCUGAUUUUGACUCUAAACUCUCACGGCGUUCUUUUAUACAGGGCGAUUCGUGUAUGCAAAAAGUUAUCAAUAACGAAAGUAGAAUUUUUGAAAUAUUUUUUACUAAAAAAUGAAAUUUCAAUACGAUUUUGAAAAAAUAUCUUACUAUAAAAAAUUAUUUCAACAUAAAUAUUUAUUCACGGAAGAUAAAAUAAUUUUUAUAUCAUAAAACUUGGCAACGUUGUAUCUUAUUCUAUCAAAAAUGAAAUUGCAAAAUACAGGAAACUGCCAUGAUGAUUAGAAGCGCAUCACGUCACCGUUCAUGAAACGUCGGAUCAAACGUUCUUAUCGUAUAAAAGCGAUGGCGCCAGAUCUACUGAUGUUUCAGUAAAUCUUCUGAUUUCAACUCGAAACUCUUAAUUAUAUUUGUUGUCUUACGGCGUUUUUGUAUACAGGGCGAUUCGUAUGCAAAAAGUUAUCAAAAACGAAAAGUCGAAUUUUUCAUUAAAAAAUUAAAUUUCCACAUUAUUUCCAAAAACAUCUGUAUGAAAAAUUAUUUCAGUGAUAUCGAAACUUGUACAAGUAUAAGAAAUAAAAUAUAUAAUAAAACUUGG